UUCUUUUCUCUCACCCCAUUUUUGUUCUUUCUCUCUCUCUUCACUUACAUAACAUAGGUUCCUUUCAUUGUACUUUUCACUCAAGAAAGAGAUACAUAUAUAGAAAUAGAAACACUCUUUUUGAGAAACAAUCAUUUAAUUGGCAUCAUCAUCAUCAUUCAGAGAGUGCAGAGAAUGAAUUCUUCUUCUGGUCAGAGCAGUGGCUAUGAUCUCUCCUUCAAGAUCUUGCUGAUCGGUGACUCUGCUGUGGGAAAAAGUAGCCUCCUUGUUAGCUUCAUCUCCAAUUCUGCUGAAGAUAUUGCCCCCACAAUUGGUGUUGAUUUUAAGAUCAAGAUGCUCACUGUAGGAGGGAAGAGAUUGAAACUAACUAUUUGGGACACUGCUGGACAGGAAAGGUUCAGAACGCUAACUAGUUCUUACUAUAGAGGAGCGCAAGGAAUCAUUCUUGUUUAUGAUGUAACGAGAAGAGACACCUUCACAAACUUAUCAGAAGUGUGGUCUAAAGAAGUGGAACUCUAUUCAACUAAUCAGAAUUGCGUGAAGAUGCUAGUUGGAAAUAAAGUUGAUAGAGAUUCUGAAAGGGUUGUGAGCAAAGAAGAGGGUUUAGCACUUGCCGAGGAGUUGGGAUGUUUGUUUUUUGAAUGUAGUGCCAAAACUCGAGAAAAUGUGGAGCGGUGCUUCGAGGAACUUGCACUGAAGAUAAUGGAAGUUCCUAGUCUUUUGGAAGAAGGAUCUACAGCAGUAAAAAGGAAUAUUCUAAAGCAACAACAGGAACAACCCCAAGCAUCCGAAUUUGGUGGUUGUUGCUCUUAAUAGCUGCAAUGUGAACAUUGAGUCAUAACUAGCACACUGGUCCUUCUGAUCCCUGUAUAUGUGAGCUUCUAAAGUAAAAUUUCCUAUUGGUGUAUUUUUCUUUGCUAAAUAACUUAUACCAAUACUAACGGGCAAUUGGCAACAAUAGUGCCUAUUAGCUUGUGUAAAUUUCUGUGCAUUCUGUUAUUGUUUCUGGCCUAUAAUUUAUCAAAAUCACUACAGCUUUGUGCAACUACGAAAGAUGUCAUUUACUAUAUUGCUCCCUAGUCAAUACUCAAUCAAUAUAUUAUGCAAUUGCUGCAUUUGUACGUAUC